AUGUCAUAUAAACACCACCCAUCUCUAUUUGUACUACCUUACCCAUCAGAAAUUACUAUUCUUGUCCCAUCAGAAAAUAAUGAUGGGUGCUUUCUCUGGUUUUCCUCUUCUUUUCCUUCUCCCUCUUUGCUUCACUCCGUUUGCUUUUGGAGCCACUUUGCCACAAGAUGAAGUGAAAGCUCUGAGAGACAUAGGAAACAUAAUUGGGAAGAAGAAUUGGGACUUCAGCGUAGAUCCAUGUAGUGGAAAGAGUAAUUGGACAUGGUCCUUUCAAUUGCAAGGUUCACAAACACAAAAUGGUGUCACUUGCAAUUGUUCCUUUCUCAAUCACACUGUUUGUCAUGUCGUUGCCAUCGUUUUAAAAGCACAAAAUCUUUCGGGUACUGUCCCACCGGAGCUUGUCAGGUUGCCUUAUCUCCAAGAAAUUGACUUCACCCUCAACUACCUUAAUGGUACAAUUCCUAAACAAUUGGGAACCUUAAACCUUGUCAACAUUUCCUUUUAUGGAAACCGUCUAACUGGUCCAAUCCCAAAGGAGCUUGGAAACAUCACCACUCUCAAAAGUUUGGUAUUGGAGUUCAAUGAACUAUCUGGAAAUCUUCCUCCAGAGCUUGGGAAUCUUAUUCAGAUUGAAAGACUGCAUCUAACCUCCAACUAUUUCACUGGAGAGUUACCUGCAACAUUGGCUAGGCUCACAACAUUGAAGCACGUUCGUAUUGGUGGCAAUCAAUUCUCUGGAGCAAUACCCAAUUUUAUACAGAGCUGGAUAAAUCUCGAGAUACUGUUGUAAUGCAAGGGAGUGGUUUGAGUGGGCCAAUUCCUCCUGGCAUUUCAAUUUUGAGAAACCUUACUGACCUGAGGGUUACCGACUUGAAUGGAUCUGUUUCGUCAUUUCCACAAC